UACGUGCGCGUGCCGGUUGCGCUCAAGGGGCGCUGAGGGCGGCUCGCCCGCCCGCCCCUCUCUCCCCUCAAGUCCCUGCUGCCUUCGGGUUCCCGCUUCGCCCCCCCUCGAGUAUUCUAAAAAUUGUUGCACAGAUUUACCUUGGCUUACUGAUCUUGCGUUAAGAAAGCAUAAUUCUGUUUCACAGCGACUGUUAACUAAAAUCAUGGCAGCUGCCAGUAAUGAGGUGCACCAUCCUGUAGAUCCUGGAAUCUCGAAGCUGCAGUUUGCUCCGUUCAGUAGUGCCUUGGAUGCAGGAUUCUGGCAUGAACUAACCCAGAAGAAACUCAAUGAGUACCGAUUGGACGAGACUCCAAAAGUUAUCAAAGGAUACUACUACAAUGGUGAUCCUUUGGGUUUGCCAGCUCGCUUGACUUUGGAGUUUAGUGCCUUUGAUAUGAAUGCUUCAAUUCCAGCGCGUUGCUGUCCUGCUUUCGGAACGUUGUAUAAUACCAACACUUUUGAGACUUUCAAGUCCUGUGAUAAGAAAUCUCUUCUGGAAAAAGAAGCAAAUGAGAUAUGGGAAUCAAUAAAAUCUGGAGCUGCUCUUGAAAACCCUAUGCUCUUGAACAGGUUUCUGCUGCUGACAUUUGCAGAUUUAAAAAAGUAUCAUUUUUAUUACUGGUUUUGCUACCCUGCUCUCUGCUUCCCUGAUGGAAUACAUAUAAUUCAUAAACCGGUGUGUCUUGGUGAUAGAUUCACAUUAAAUCAGAUUCAAGCACUUCAGAAAGCAUAUGAUGAACUUUGCCAGGAAGAGGGUGUUACAGCCUUGCCUUAUUUUUUAAUCAAGUAUCAUGACAAUUCUGUCACGAUAUCUCUACUGAAAAAGUGGGAUGGUUUCUUCCAAGACCAAGGGGGAAAGGUGACAGUUGGAGUUUAUGAUCCAUGUAAUUUAGCCCACUAUCCAGGAUGGCCACUGAGAAAUUUCCUGAUCCUGGCAGCCCAUAAAUGGGGCAGUAUUCUCCAGUCAGUUGAAGUGCUCUGCUUCAGAGAUAGGACCAUGCAAGGGGUGAGAGACAUAACACACAGCAUUAUCUUUGAAAUAAAACUUCCAGAGAGCGCCCUUGGCCCAGAUUGUCCAAAAGCUGUUGGAUGGGAGAAAAACCAAAAGGGAGGCAUGGGUCCAAGGAUGGUGAAUCUCAGUGAAUGCAUGGAUCCAAAAAGAUUAGCAGAGUCAUCAGUGGAUCUUAAUUUGAAAUUGAUGUGCUGGCGGUUGGUGCCUACUCUUGAUUUGGAAAAAAUUGUGUCUGCCAAGUGUUUGCUGCUAGGAGCUGGUACACUGGGUUGUAGUGUUGCAAGGACCUUGAUGGGUUGGGGAGUCAGGAAGAUUACGUUUGUGGACAAUGCAAAGAUCUCCUACUCCAACCCAGUACGACAGCCACUGUAUGAAUUUGAAGACUGUCUUAGUGGUGGGAAGCCUAAAGCACUUGCAGCAGCAGACAGGCUGCAGAAAAUCUUCCCAGGAGUGAGUUCAGAAGGCUAUAACAUGAGCAUCCCUAUGCCAGGCCACCCAGUGAAUUUUUCUGAAGUAACAAUGGCACAGGCUCGGAAGGAUGUGGCUAAACUCGAAGAGCUUAUUGAUGCUCAUGAUGUUGUUUUCCUCCUAAUGGACACUAGAGAGAGUCGAUGGCUUCCUGCAGUCAUUGCAGCUAGCAAGAGGAAGUUGGUCAUCAAUGCUGCAUUGGGAUUUGACACAUUUGUUGUUAUGAGACACGGACUAAAGAAACCAAAACAGCAAGAGUCUGGUGAUUCAUGUUUCAACAAUGCCUCUGGUUCUUCUGAUCUUUUGGGAUCAUCACUCUUUUCAAAUAUCCCUGGCUAUAAACUGGGUUGCUACUUCUGCAACGAUGUUGUGGCACCAGGGGAUUCCACCAGGGAUCGAACAUUGGAUCAGCAGUGCACGGUCAGUCGACCUGGAUUAGCCAUGAUAGCUGGAGCUCUUGCAGUGGAACUAAUGGUUUCUGUUUUACAGCAUCCAGAAGGUGGUUAUGCUGUGGCCAGCAGUAGUGAUGACAGAAUGAAUGAACCACCUACUUCUCUUGGACUUGUUCCUCAUCAGAUUCGUGGAUUUUUAUCAAGAUUUGAUAAUGUUCUUCCAGUCAGUCUGGCGUUUGACAAGUGCACAGCCUGUUCAACCAAAGUCCUUGACCAGUAUGAGCGAGAAGGGUUUAAUUUCCUAGCUAAAGUUUUUAAUUCUUCACAUUCCUUCUUAGAAGACUUGACAGGUCUAACUUUAUUACACCAGGAGACGCAGGCUGCUGAGAUCUGGGACAUGAGUGAUGAUGAAACAGUCUGAAAAUCAGCUGAAUAAGGUGGAAGAUGACCUACUUUGGACUGCAGUGCUCCAUUCGUCUGUUAUUUGACAAGUUAAUGAUUGCUUACCCAUUCUGACUGCUACAAAUGCAAACAACUAUAAUCCACAUUUUGACAUUAAUAUCUUCACCUUAAAAGCAGUCUGUUAUGGAUACAACUCUCCACAUUUUCAUUUUUAUUAUGUAAAUAACUAAAGCAAUGUGGUUAUGUUUAAACCUUGUCAUCUUUUUUUUCUUCUUUUUUUUUUAAGUUUCUAAAUAUGGCUUACAUAUAAAAUAUGCUGCUUAAGUAAACUUUGGUGUUUUAUUUGUCCCAGUUUUUAUUUUGCUUGUUGAUGGACAUGUCCAAGCAGCAUGUCUAAAUGUCUUUUUUCAUCUUUCCCAGAUUUGUGCCCCUUUAGUUGGAAUUUAUUGUUAAGAUUGAGAAUAUUCUGCUAUUGGAAGUUAAACUGCAUCUUUAAAGGAGAGCAGGAGUAGGUAAGAACCUACACCUACUGCCUACACCACAUUGCUUGCUGUUUCAAAGUACAUAUUUAUAGUAUAAUUGAUUGUUCUUGCCUGUGUCAAUGGAGGCGUUUGCGAUUUGACUUAUUUUUACACAGGAAAGACCAAAAUGCAUUGGUAUCAUGGUUCGGCUCCCCUGAAAUUUAGAGAAGGCUCUGUUAUGUAGUAAAAAUUGCUUUGGGGGGUGGUGGUGGUGGGUCAUUGAUUCCGUCAAAACUUGCAGAGAAAUGCUUAACUGAAAUAAGAAAUUGGGUUUCUAACUUUGUUAUUCUUGGAUGCUGUCGUUCACUACUUUACAGGUGUUAAAAAAGAGCAAUUCUGAUUUUCAUUUUGGUUGGAUUUUAAGUUCUUCAAUUUUUGCAACAUCAUGAACGGCUUCAGAGAUUAUGGCUGAGCACAAACAGUAGUUUGAGAAUGCUUGAGUUUAAAAGAUAACUUAAGAAAAAAGGAUUUAGAAAAUAUCAAAGAACAUUACUACAAAAUUGAAAGUGAGUCUGUUGGUUUUUAUCUUGGAAUAGGUUUUUAGAAGUAUAUUUGAAUUCCCUUUUAUGGCUUUAUAUUAUGGGGAUUAUGGACUAACUCAGAAAAAAUGCAAAUCGCUCUAUCUGCCAAGCAGUCUUUAUUUCGCAUAUAUAUUAUGAAAAUUAGGUGGUCAAUCCAAUUAUUUUAGUUCCUUCCUUAACAUAAGCUCUGAAUAUUUGGUGUAGAUAAUUUCACAGCUUCUCUCUUAUGCCAAAUCAGAUGUUCUGUCAAUUCAAAUUUGCCUAAAAACAAGGAUAUCUGCAGCUCCCAUAUUCCAAUCUUAGAAGAAGAUUUAUUGAAACAUGCUGAGGUUUGCGUCAAGUGUCUAAAAUAGCUAUUAUUUCUAUUUAUUUUAACUAUCAUAUUAAUUAUAUGUAUGUGAUUUCUAAAGUAGCCUUAAGGGAAUGUCUUGUUUAGCUAACUUCAUUGUAAUAUAAAAAUAUAUAUGAAUGAAAUAUAUUUUUUGAAAGACUAGUUAUCAUAGGAAACUGAUCUUUUGGUGGUCAGGCAAUGAUCAAAAAGAUUGAUAACAUGCCAUGUCCAUUUUAAAGCAGUUUGUUCAUGUACAUAAUUAGUUAUGAGCUCAAAUGACUCCAUUUUGUUAGCCAUGCUGUAGUCCAACCCAAAUCAUGAAACAGUACCAGGGUAUUUUAAAGGGCAUGAUCUGCAUUUUUAUCUGUUGGAGUUGCUGACCAUGGAGUGUAAAAGUCUCUUUGCAGAUUUUUGGUUAUCUAAAACUUGAAAACUAGACAUCUUGCUGAAAUCUGAUAAAUAAUUAUUUUAAAUAGCUGAACCUCUGCUUAUCCUGUUAAAGUUACAUUGUAGCUUUGCAUUGAAAGUAUCUAUUUAACUGGAGAAGUAUACAAGAUGGAAAGGUUCAAAACUCAGGGUUAAUAUAAUAUUUCCUUACCUCUGUAAUUUCAGUAACAUACAACUCUCUCAGGCUGAGCUGUUUCCUGUACAUAUGCUUCCCAGAUGUCUCUGAUGUUCAGAAACACUUCAGUUUGACUUGGAAUAACUUCCGUUGUCUAGCUAUAAUGUUGUUUUCUUUCUCCUUGCGGACCAGAAUUGUUCUUACUUUGCUUUUACUCAAUAUCUAGGCAUUUACUGAGUGAGAAAUCGUGAGAAUCCAUUCAAAUGAAUGAAUGCACAUUCAAAUACUAUUAACAGAUAAACACAUUUAUUUACUGGUUUGCAUGCACUUAAUGGCUGGAUUUCAGCACGGUCCUCAGCUCCAGUUAUUGCUGUUUAAUGGAAGAAGCUAAACUUUACCUUUCUUCUUGAAGGAGGUAGGAUUUAAAUUUUAUUUGUGCUGCCAUGACCUCUUAGGCAUCAGUGAAGAGCCUAAACUCAUACUUCCACUGUAAAACCCAACAGCUACCAUGGCUUUUCAGGUAUAAACCAAAUCUGUUGGGAAGAGGGAAUGAACAGCCUCAGAGGAACCUACUCAUCUUCCUAAACUAUCUAACAGAAACGUAAUGGCGUUAUAUGGCCACGUGAGUGGGAACGUAUCUCACAGAAGGCAACUAUGACACCUACAUAGCACAUCUGGAGACAUUUAAUAGUGUUAGAAGACGACAGAUCUCAAUGGAGAGCUGUUGACAUUAUUUUUGUGCUUGAGUAUUAUAGAAACUUAUGGAAUGAUUGCCUCUGUUUUGCUUUCGUACUUCUGUUGACUAGAAUUUUUCUUCAGUGUCAUCCUUUCAAUGUGUUUGCUGGCUGGAGUCUAGAAUUUGUUAUGGAAUAGUAUCACAUUCAUGAAAGUGAGAUUCUAUAGGAGAGUUUUCAUCUUUAAAGCCCUGACUUGCUCUCAUCCUUGCUUUCACAAUCUGCUUUUAAGUUCUCUUCACCUGUGUCAUAGUCUGUUGAUCGGGAAUAAAUUUCACUUAGGACAUGCCCUUUAUAUGACGUGUAAAUUGUCUUAGUGCCAUUAAAGCCAGCAGAAUCAUAGCCAGUAGGUGGUUCAGCCCACGUGAGAAACUGUUCUGUGGAGCAUGGGGCUAGUUUGAGUCUUAAGCCUUCAACGUUGGGGUCUUUAAGGGACAAAGGGUACAAAUUUGAAAAUUAAACUUAGAUCCAUGAAGAAAGAUUCAUGAUGGCCCAGACAGGUUGGUCGAGAAAACCACCAAGGAAUGGAACCGUAGGAUUUAUAUUCCUAGGAAGCUGACGACUCCCAAGAACUAAAGGGAGGUUCUGCUUCAGUAGAAGUGAACAGGACAAAAAUUAUUUUGGCACAUCAAAGGAAACUGUAGCGAUUGCUCCAGCCCUUAAAAUCAUGGAGUUUGAGCCUGGAAAAAUACUCUUCCCUUCCCUGUGUUCUGUAUGCCUUUGGUAUUGUGUCCUCAGAGAAGUCCAGUGACAUAAACUAAAACUUUGUUUUUGUCAUCUUUGAUAUUCUUAUUCCACUUCCUGUAUAAUGUUCUUCCUAAUUCUGUUUCUUUGUAUAAGAUUUGGCUGCUGACCUUAAAUAUAUGCAACAGAAGUAUUAGCAAAAUUGAAUAAUCUUUCUAUAUAUGAGCAUUUUCUUUUAAUUUCUCACUUGUGCUCUUACAGAAAACUUACUGAAAUGGGUUUUAUGUAUUUCUGAACUUUUCACUAUGCACUGUAGAAUCAUAUCAUAGCGCUUGUUUCUCCCUCUUACUGAACAAAUUCCUUCUAAACGUAUGUUAACUAGUCUAAUUGGAAUUGCCAGUAGAAUCAUAGAAUCAUGUAGACUGGAAAAGACCCUUAAGAUCAUCGAGUCCAACCCUAAACCUAGGACUGCCAAGUCCACCACUAGCUACUUUGUCACUGCACUACUCUGGGACAGUGUUGGACCAUGAAAAGUUCACCUAGCUCCCAACUUUCCUUUGAAUUUUCUUCUUCUUUUUCAAGCCAAAUCAUAAAACCCAUGAGAUUGCUGAGAUGUGACUGAGACUAGGCUUUGGCACACAGGAUUCUCAUUAAUGCCAGUAUUGUGUGAAAAGAUCACUGGGCUUCUGAUAGCAGCUUUUGUGCUGUCGGUCAAGAACAACUCUGCCUGUUUCUUACAGAAUCAUUAAGAGCCACGACAGAAUUCAUGAAGAUAUUUUUAUAUAUAGUUUCUCUUCAGAGUUUAGCUGUAUCUUGAGAGUUCAAGGAGAGUCCUAACUCUGUGUUCCUAUGGGAAUAGAAAGGAUAGCUUGCAUUCUUUCAAAAAUAAGUAUGUUGCAAGCCAGCACAUAGUCAACCUUCCUUGUCGUUCUGCCAGCUGUUCUGCAGUGCAAGUCCAGCCAGUGCAAAUAGCCGUUCUCAUGCUGUCCAUUGAUUCAAUGUUUGCUGUACUUACUGUAACUUUGCAUUAAGAGUACACAAAAACUGAAGAGAGCAUGAACAGCUAGAUGGUGGGAUUUUUCUUUGCUACUUUUCCAAAUUUUUGUACCCAAUUUUUUAGUGUUUUUUUAAAAAAUAAUAUUGCAUUACUUUCCUUAGAAACAAAUAAGCAUUUAUACUCCAAAGAGAGCCAUUAAAGAAAUACUUGCAACAUGGUAAACUUUAGCAGACUUCCUAAGAAACAUAGUCUGGAAGAUGUCCUGAGCCUGUUGCCAUAUUUUUUCUGAAUCUUUUGACAUGGCUUCAUUAAUUCCUUUUCUUCUCCUUUUUUUUUUUUUCCUUUUCAUUUUCAGUGCAGAUGUUGUGCUCAUGCAUAUCGUGCCAAAAUGAAACUUUCCUUUGAGAGGGUGUUGUGCACCUUUUCUCUUUCAGAGCACCUGGAUUAAUUGUUUUAAAAGACAGAAAUACCACUCUAGAAGGACUUUGGACUGUCCCAGUCUGGCCAUGUGUAAAUUCCUAAUCUAUGAAAAACAUACCUACCUGUCCCAUUUCAGUUCCAGCUCUCUUUCCCUUGCAGCUGCCUGGACCUUCUCCAGAAGCCUGACAGUGUGUAAAAAUACUGUGGCACCACACAGGUAAUGCUUUAGGUUUGAAAUUAAUACAGACUUUCCCUCUCUAUUACCACUUCAACUAUCCAGUGUAAUAAUUUCUAAAGAUUUCAUUUUCUUAUCUGUGCAGCACUAGACAGGUUUUGAAAUAAAAAAACCCUAACAAUUUGUUGACAGUAUUUUCUUUCUCGUUUUACUUUUAUUGAUACCCUUUGGUACUCUACCUCUGACAAUAGUGAGCAGUGAUUGACGAACGGGCAGACUGCAGGACUCCGUGCUUUGUGGGAGCAAUACUCCUAGGUUCACACAGAGAGGUUAACACUCCCUGCUUUUUUUCUUAAACUUUUAUUUAAUUCCUCAGCUCUAAAAUGUAUGGAAAUUGGAUAUAUGUACUUGGCAAAGAAUAGCUAUGGGUUUUAUUCUCAGUUAUCCCGGGUCAAAGAAACUGGUCUGUUGCUCCGGCCCAUUGUUUUGUUGAAGUAUUGUUGACUAGUGUUCGAAGUCAUGUAGUGUAACCAAAAUAGGCUGUGGCUUGGGGUAAUUUGUAGCCACUUUUCUCUUAAGUACAGUAGCUGAAAUUCAGCAAUCCGUAUUCUUCCACCAGCCAAUGAUUGGUGUUUUGUCCAGGUUGUAGGGAAGUCUUUGCAGUGAGUCACUUGAGGAUUAUUUUAAGCUAGGCAAGGAAAUUGGCACUGUGGAAGGGAAACUGAAGCUACUCCCAAAAGAAUUAACAGCAGUAAGCUUGAGUAGCAAUGAUGUUGAGUACCUUAAGGUAUUCUGUAUCUUAGGGCAGCAAUUUUUUCACCUAAUUUCCCAGUUCAAAUGAUCUCACCUCAGGUUAAGGAUGCGGAUGAGUACUCCAGCCAUCUAUAAUUUCAAGUUCUAAUUGUUGCCCUCAAUAAUUAACAAUAUUAUCUGCUGUUGUGACUUAACCCAUAGCAUUUUUUCAAAUCCAGUGGAAUGAUUUAGACAUUCUCUGGAAAGAUUUUCAGAACCCAUCAGCUGUUUCUCUGAACUUUGCAAAUGAAAUAGCACGGUUUCUUUGUGUUUAAUCAGGCCAGUACUCCCUUGCCAUUUUGGCUUCUUGCAGGCGCUUCCUUGGGCUUGGGGAUAAAAAGGGGCAGUCAGGAGUUCUGAAAACAAAUGUGUUUUGUUUCCUGGCUGGCAUGGAGUACACGCUGUCUUUCCAUCUACUAUAGCAGUGUAAAUGCCUGUUUCCUCUUGUUCUUGGAAUAGAUGUUUAUAUAGGACAUUGAUAUAAAGUACAAUGGACUUUGCCUCUGGAACUGAAGGUCACAUGCACACGUGCACUUCAUUUUAGAUGCUAAAAAUUUCAAAUUACUUCUUAAAAUAUUUUAGUAAGCUAACAGGAAAAGACAGAAGCAUACGUAUAGUGUUGUACUGCUGCAAAUUAAAAGCACAAUUUUUGAAACAUUAUUCUAUGUAACUUCUCUUCUUUCCCAGACAGUUACUUUCUGUUCUUACAUUCUUUGGCUGUGGAUUGCUGCUUCAGUAGUCUUUGAGCAUCCAAAAAUUUAGGCUUGUGUGUAACUUCAGUUUGCUUUUUGGCACCAGGACAUUUGAUUUUUGUAACAUCUCAGCAGAAUGAUUCAUUGUUUGUUUGUUAGUGAAAUGCUGUUAUGCACUACGUAAAUAAGAAAGGAGAGCCAUCAUUCUGGUUUCAUUCUUAUGGAGGGAGGUCAGUAGCGUUUUCCUCAAUUUCUCUUUUGGUCUAAUGCAGCACCCUGUUAAGAAACUGCAGUUGGUGCAUCCCUGCGAGGCAGGGCUGCAGAAGUCUGGUGCAUUUGAAAUGCAAGCUGGCGUCUCAUUGCUGGAAUGAUUGUACUUUCUAAAUCAAAACCAGUAUGGGCUAAAACCGUGUGAAGAAAUGCUGCUAAAAUUGUUUCCACAUCAUGUCAGUAGUCUUGGAAGAAAGGCGAGGGCCGUGGAGGUUCCAAGUCUGGCCCACUCUGAAUGCAUUGGAACUCUAGUUUUUGAGUGCUACUAAAUUGAUGUCCUUUUUCCCCCACACCUCUUCUUUCUGUCCCCGUGAAUAUCUCCUCCCCACCCCCAGCGCCUCACUGGUAAGGGAGGGAUGUGGAUGAACAAGCAAAUGAAUUUCUCGUGACAGACUUCUCUCAAAUUAGUGUAAGAGGUGAGGAAAUCUAUAAAGUAGGUAUGAUUUUGCUUGGGGGUUUUGCUUUGUCUUUAAGUGUCUUUAUUUUCAUUUCAUGCUUCAAAGUCUGACUUUUAUGCAGUAAUUCUGUAGGUGUUACCACUUCCUCAGGAACCUGUGACUCAGGCAACGUAUAAAUGAAAUGACAUCACCGGCAACUCCUGUUUGAAUUGCCUGUUUCCUAAAUGGGGACUGUUGGUUUUUCUUUUAAUACUUGCAGCUUUGUUUUGCCUUUUUUUGCCUUUUUUUUUUUUUAUGUGUGUGUGAGGGAUGAGGGAUUUUAAUUAUCUAAGGCAGCCUUGCCUUUGUGGGAAACCACACUGCAAGUGUUCUAUCCUUUUGAAUCGUUGAAAUCACCAAUAUUGAAGUUUACCUAAAACAGAAGAUACACAUUUCUACACAAGCUAUUUAUGAAUGAAAUAAUUGUAAUUAGGCCUUAGCAGAGGUUCUGUUGUUAUAAAGCAUUCUUAAUGCACUCCUGGUCUGUGGAGGGGGGUGGAGGGGGAAGGAAAAGGCCUGAGCAUAAUUUUCCAUUAUUAUUUUGGAAGUAGUGCAAACCAAAGAAAUGUGUUUUCAUACUACUGGGCAGUUUUAAUGGCUCUCCCUUGCUGCUCUCAAUAGCGUGUAUUUGCACCACAGGAGAUUCUUGGUAGAUUUCAGUGUUUCCUUUCCUCCGGCUGCUACUGUUCAAUGAUACUGCUAUAGAAAUACAUAAAUGAUACUGCUAUAGAAAUAGGAGGAGCCAGAGUAAAGUUUGCUUCUAUGCAGAGUGUCUCCAAAGCCAGGAGCAGUGGUUGCAGCAGGUAGGCACGGUGCAGGGGGACAGGCAACUCCUGCGCCUGCAUUUCUUUCUUGGACAAAACCCCCGGGAGGUCACUGCAGGAACUGGCUCUUAAGCUGGUGUUAAAAGUAAUGGCAGGAAUUCUUGUCAUCGAAGGAAUGUGACAAGUUGGAUGUCUGUCUAGGUCAUUUAUUCAUAGCGUUCACUGACAGGCUAUAAGUGUUGCUUAUAUUUAUUAUUGUCAUGAGCAAAGGAUCACUGUCCUUUUGUUUAAAUAGUACCAGCUUUGGAACUUUAUAGAAAUUAGUGCAGCACAGACUUUAAAUAUGUCCUUUUGGUUGUACUUUGAUUGUAUGGGCUCUCACUGAGCAGGCAGUGCCAUUGUGGUUGCACUUUAAAGGAAACUCCAAGAAAGCCCAUGUAUUCAGGGAGGUGGUAUCAGUGACUACCACAGGUGAUGGUCUUUCUUCCAAUUAUGUCAAUCCAUGUCAAACUUUGGCACUGCUAAGAACCAUGGAAUUAGUUAUUUUUCAGAUGACACACUAAACCAAAGUCCUAAAAAAAAGGUUCUGUAUCUCUUUUUGAUUUCUUUUUAAUAAUUUAUCUUCUUUUUCUUUUUCAUUUAUUUCAUCCUACCUUCCUAAAGUUACUGUUCAGCUUCCUUUGGAUCCUUCAUUUUCUAAAUUACCCUCAUGCAGGGGUCAUGCAUGCUUUUAAUGAAACACUCUUGAACUCAAGUUCCGCUCAAUGGCUAUUAGAGCAAUAGUUGUAUGUUGUUAUUGGUACUAAGUUGGGAAUACUUUGAGAUGGUAGAUGGUACAAACAUAAUAACAUUACAAUUAUUUGGUCACACAGUUAUAAAGACAAUUUUCCCCUAAUUAAAUUAUUUACUAUUGUAUGUCUCUUGCAUGCAGUUAGACAGUAUUUGUGAUUUUCUCUAGGGCAGUAGUCAGGAAUGAGUGAGCUAUGCAUACCCUGCCCACGAGCCCUGCAUGGCAGCACCUGAUGUAUAGUAUGUACCUAGAUCAUUCUCACCAGCUGCCUGAUACGCUUAUGUGACUAGCACUCUCAGAAAUCCUGGGGUAAGACGUUUCAAUUAUUUGCUAACUAUAUUUUGUUGAAUAGAAAUUCAGUAGCGUUUAGCAGUCAAACAUUACAAACUUAAGAUAGGCUUCUUGGUAACCACACUCUGAUUUGCAAGGGAGAAACAGGGAGCAAGUCAACUGGCGUGUGUACAGUGUCUCCCUGUUGCUGGAGAUACUCCAGUUUCACUUCCAACAAUGAUAGUAUCCGUUACUUAAUUUAGCUUCCUGUUGAUAGUAUUUGGAAAUGUCAUUAAGAGGUUCUGAUAGAUAACAUCAAGAUAUCCAAUGCUUAAAAAUCAGCUAGGAACAGAGAAUAACAACGUACCUGUUGAUCUGAGAUACUGGAAAAGAAUGGGAGAGAAUGUGAGGUAAACAUCACUCGAGUGUUAAAGAGGGGGCUGGCAGUCAUGCCACGAAUUCACCCAGUGUCAUGUUGUUUCAGAAUAAGACCAAAUUACUGUUUUUAAAUUAUUUUCUUGCUACAGUAGUAAGUGAUUGUGGCUUCAGAAAUUUUCUAAGCCAAACUGUUAUGUUCCAGCUUCCACAGUUUGGAGAUUAAUUACUGUGAUUUUUAAAAACACUUCUUAUUUAAAGCCACCUCAUCAUCUCCCUAAUAGUCAUAGACAUGGGCUGUACCACAGACCUCCAGCGAAGCCAAAGAAAGUCACAUCGUCUCUGCCUCCCAUCGGUUGUCUGAGCUUUGUUUGGUAGAGUCUGCUUUGCUGAGUAAGUGCCUAGUACAGCGAGACCAAUCUUGAUUGAGUCAGCUAGGCAAUAGAAUAGUACUAGUAUUCAAGAUGAUACAGGUAUAUCUCAUGUCAUUGUCUAGUAAUGCCUUUUAAUUUAAUCAGUUUGGACAAGGAGUUUAGAAGUGCUUAGUGAAAUUCAUUUGCCUCAAUUUUUGGAUGCUCUAAGCCAGAUUUUGAUGAUGUCUUAAACUGGGUUUCAGAAUUCUAAAAGGAGUCUGAUUUUGAAAUGUAAAGACAAUCUUAUAUUAAGCAUGUAUUUUAAAAACUUUAUGUGUGUAAAAGAGGAUUAAAUAAAUCUGUUGUUAA